UUCUAGGGUUUUAACGAGCUUUUGCUUCUGCAGUUUUCUCCUUCCUCCAUUCUCUCUACUCCACUUUCUCUCUCCUCAAUCUCAACAAUGGCGGCGGCGGAUGUAGCACCAGUUCCAUUGCCAGUUGAAUCUUCUGAUUCAUUGCAGAAUGAAGUCAAGCUUUUCGGCCGAUGGGGUUUCGACGAUGUCACUGUGCACGACAUUGCUUUGGCCGAUUACAUUGGAGUGACUGCUGUUAAGCAUGCCACAUAUGUGCCUCACACUGCUGGAAGAUAUCAAAUGAAGCGUUUCAGGAAAGCUCAAUGCCCAAUUGUCGAGAGGCUGACCAACUCACUCAUGAUGCACGGGCGCAACAACGGGAAAAAGUUGAUGGCUGUUCGUAUUGUCAAGCAUGCCAUGGAAAUCAUCCAUCUCUUGACUGACUUGAACCCUAUUCAAGUCGUUGUUGAUGCAAUUAUCAACAGUGGACCACGAGAAGAUGCUACCAGAAUUGGUUCUGCUGGUGUUGUGAGGCGUCAAGCCGUUGAUAUCUCUCCUUUAAGGCGUGUUAAUCAGGCAAUCUAUCUUCUUACCACCGGGGCUCGUGAGAGUGCUUUCAGGAACAUCAAGACUAUUGCUGAGUGCCUUGCUGAUGAACUCAUCAAUGCUGCUAAGGGUUCAUCUAACAGCUAUGCCAUCAAGAAGAAGGAUGAGAUUGAAAGAGUUGCAAAGGCUAAUCGUUGAUUUUGGGAUUAUGUUGAGGCUAGAGUGUUUAUGUUGCUUCCUUCUCUGAUUUUGGGAUUAUAUGUAUUUCAUAUAAGAAUCAAUAUGUAUUAGAUUUUUGUUUCCAGCAACUUGUGCUUUACAAUUAGAUUUAUAUAUUUCUAUGAGAAGGGUGCUUAGUGUUGAAAGAACCUUCACAUCAGUUUUGAAUCUAUGCUCCAUUUCUCUU